AUGGCAAAAUCACAUGAGAAUGUAAAGGCCUUUGGAUGGGCAGCUAGAGACACUUCUGGUGUUCUUUCUCCUUUCAACUUUUCAAGAAGGGUGACUGGUGAAAAAGAUGUGCAGUUCAAAGUAUCGUAUUGUGGAAUUUGUCAUGCUGAUCUUCAUCAGCUCAAGAAUGAAUGGAGAAAUAGCAUCUAUCCCAUGGUACCUGGGCAUGAAGUUAUUGGUGUAGUAACUGAAAUUGGUAGCAAAGUGGAGAAAUUCAAAAUUGGAGAAAAAGUUGGAGUUGAAUGUUUAGUAGGAUCAUGUAAAAAAUGUGAAGACUGUGACAACGAUCUCGAAAAUUACUGUCCCGAUCAGAUAUUAACAUACAAUAAUGUCUACUCCGAUGGAACCACCACGUAUGGUGGUUACUCCAAUACAAUGGUAACGGAUGAGCACUACGUGGUCCACUGGCUAGAAAAUUUAUCAAUGGAAGUUGCUCCUCUGUUAUGUACAGGGAUAACAACUUAUAGUCCAUUGAAAUAUUUUGGACUUGACAAGCCUGGAAUGCACAUUGGUGUUGUAGGCCUUGGUGGGCUUGGACAUAUGGCUGUGAAAUUCGCUAAGGCAUUCGGAACCAAAGUGACUGUCAUUAGUACAUCUCUUAGUAAGAAAGACGAAGCAAUUGAGCGUUUAGGCGCAAACUCUUUUUUGGUCAGUCAUGACCCUGACCAAAUGCAGGAUGCAGCCGGCUCACUUGAUGGCAUCAUCGAUACUGUUUCUGCGGUUCACCCUCUACUUCCAUUGAUUAAUUUGUUGAAAACUCAUGGGAAACUUGUGAUGUUGGGCGCUCCUGAAAAACCAUUAGAGUUGCCCAUAUUCCCCCUACUUUUGGGAAGGAAGCUAGUGGUGGGGAGUCAGAUAGGAGGGAUAAAGGAGACACAAGAGAUGGUAGAUUUUGCGGCGAAGCAUAACAUAACACCAGAUGUUGAAGUCGUGCCAAUGGACUAUGUGAAUACAACAUUGGAGCGCCUUUUGAAAUCAGACGUGAAAUAUCGUUUUGUGCUUGGCAUUGACAACACAUUGAACAAGAGUUGA